AUGCUACUCAUGGACCUCCGCUUAUUCCUGGUGCUCUUCCAGACAGCAAGUGGCACAAUGAAUCAAGAAGAUAAGGAGGCACUUCAGAAAAAAAAUUCCCAAAUUUCCGAAUUUGUUUUGUUGGGACUUUCUGACUCACAAGAAUGGCAAAGUCUAUUUUUUGUGAUAUUUUUCUUCAUUUAUAUUAUUACAGUAGGUGGCAAUGUGUAUAUAAUUCUUGCGUAUAGGUUCAGUCCAAACCUUCACACUCCUAUGUAUUUUUACCUAGCUAACUUCUCUUUUCUGGACAUAUGUUACAUCACGGGCACAGUUCCCAAAAUGUUGUCAAACUUCCUAUCCGAGCAGAAGACCAUCUCAGUUUACGGCUGCUCUAUACAGAUGUACUGUGUUUGGCUGUUUGGUGGAACAGAGUGCUACAUCCUGGCAGCCAUGGCUUAUGACCGAUAUAAUGCCAUAUGUCACCCUCUUUUAUAUCAAGUCAUUAUGAAUAAGGCCACAUGUACCAAGCUCAUCAUUGGUUCGUGGGUUAUCGGGGCAGUAAAUUCUCUUAUACACACUGUCCUCACGUUCUCAUUGACAUUCUGCAGCAAUAAGAUCAACCAUUUCUUCUGUGAUGUUCCGCCGGUUCUUGAACUGUCGUGUACGAGCACCUGGAUCAAUGAGCUUGUCAUCUUUUUCAUAAGUGGUUGCGUCAUUAUAGGUUCCUUCAUACUGAUAAUGAUAUCCUACAUUAAGAUCAUCUCCGCCAUUUUUAAGGCCCAUUCAAGAAGAGGAAGAAGGAAAACUUUUUCGACCUGUACCUCUCAUUUAAUUGUUGUGACAAUAUUUUAUGGAUCUGGGAUCUUUAUGUAUUUUAGGCCAAAAUCAAGUUAUGGAAUGGACCAGGACAGAUUGGUCUCUGUCAUGUAUACAGUGAUAGCGCCAAUGUUAAACCCUUUUGUAUACAGUCUGAGGAACAGUGAAGUAAAGUUGGCCAUGAAACGGAUAUUAUAUCGUGAAAGAACAGGGCCCUUCAAGCCUGUCUUGGAUUGA